GGAGCAGCACCGCACCGCGCUGCGCCUGCCGCAGCUCACCCAUCUCCCACAUUGUAGCCACAAACUAUGAUUUCAAAUUCCUCAAUGCCUUUCCAGUGCUGGAUUUAUCCCCAUCUACGAUUAUAUUUAGAGUAGUAUUUUAUGUGUGUUUGUGUGUGUGUGUGUGUGUGAGUUUUAUUUAUUCUUUUUUUUGGUGGUAGUUUUGAGGCGAGCAUGUGCGUAAUUUUGCGAGGAUUGUCGAGGUGCAACCGGGAGUGAGUUGGGCAAUAUGCGCCGCUGGGAUAUGAUUUUCAACCGAAAGGCUUAUGGAAUAUAGCCCGGUUUGCCACAGCCUGUAUGUCCUCUGGUCCAGCCCCGUGAAGAAGAAACUAAUACUGCUCAGCAUCAUGUUUUUCAUCUGGGUAUACAUGCUGUACUCCUGCGUGGGCUACUGCUCCACCAUGCCAAGCUUGGUGGUGGACCGUUACCGGGGCAAGGAGACCGGCGCGGCGGUGGGCAGGAGGACAGAGAGCGGCAGGACGGACCUGGUGUCCCGUCUGCUGGCCCAACCGCAGCCGUGGGAGGAUAUAGAGAGCGACUACGAGGAGCCGUCCAUCAGGACCGCGGCGUCCCGAGACCUGCUCAAUAACGAGCUGGAGGCGGACCGAGCCGACGACUGGGACGAGAUGCGCGGCGAGCAGCAGAGAGCCCCGGAGCCCAGCGCCAUGUCCAGCUUCUCCAACGGCUCCGGGAGCAAGAAGCUGCCGCAGGCGAUCAUCAUCGGGGUGAAGAAAGGAGGCACCCGGGCUCUGCUGGAGUUCCUCCGGGUGCACCCGGACAUCAGAGCCGUGGGAGCGGAGCCGCACUUCUUCGACCGCAACUACGAGAACGGGCUGGAGUGGUACAGGGAGCUGAUGCCCAAGACUCUGGAGGGCCAGAUCACCAUGGAGAAAACCCCCAGCUACUUUGUGACCAGAGAGGCUCCGGCCCGGAUCGCCGCCAUGUCCCGGGACACCAAGCUGAUCGUGGUCGUGAGGGACCCCGUCACCAGGGCCAUCUCGGACUACACGCAGACGCUGUCCAAGAAGCCCGACAUUCCCUCUUUCGAGAGCCUCACCUUCAAAAACAGGACUACGGGGCUCAUCGACACCUCGUGGAGCGCCAUCCAGAUCGGCAUCUACGCCAAGCACCUGGACAACUGGCUGCAGUACUUCCCCGCGGAGCAGAUCCUGUUCGUGAGCGGCGAGCGGCUGAUCAGCGACCCGGCCGGAGAGCUGGGCCGCGUGCAGGACUUCCUGGGGCUCAAGAGGAUCAUCACAGACAAACACUUUUACUUCAACCAGACCAAGGGUUUCCCGUGCCUCAAGAAGGCCGAGGGCAGCAGCAAGCCCCACUGCCUGGGCAAAACCAAAGGGCGGACCCACCCCAACAUUGACCCCGAGGUGGUGCAGAGGCUACGGGACUUCUACAGGCCCUUCAACAUGAAGUUCUACCAGAUGACGGGACACAACUUUGGUUGGGAUUGAUGUGGAAAAUCAUACGAAAGACAAUUUAUUUUGUCAAUUUGUCGACAAGUUUAUUAUUUUUUCCUUCUGUAAUUCAAUGGCAAGACGCUGAGAUAUUGCUAUAUAUAUGUAAAAUGUACAGAAAUCUAUUUUAUAAUAAUUUAUUUUUAUUUCUAAGCAAUUAAUUCACUAAGCUGCCUAACCAUAUUUGUACAUAACAUCUGGCCCACAUUGUUUUUUUUUGUUUUUUUUUAACAUUCCUCAUUUUAAUCUUGAAUUCGCCUCCCUCGCGGUCCCCCCCAGUUACGCUUUCUGCAAUCCAAUUUUCCUGCACUGGCAUCGGGAUCUCAUCUCCCUUUCCACUCAAUAACAGUUGGAUCAAUAGGCCUAAUUGAUCCUCAUUGUGUCACUCACGCUUAAAGUAUACAGCUGCCCUUUCAUUCUCGGUGCUCCUGCUGCCGGCUCUAAUGAAUGACCCAUCCAUCAAACGGCGAAUCCCAUUCCCGGACCACAUAAGGGCCCGUGUUAACAUUAUGCUAAUCGGGUAAAGGUAACUGGCAGAUCGA